AUGGCCAAGCGCACCAAGAAGGUCGGCAUCACCGGCAAGUACGGCACACGUUAUGGUGCCUCUUUGAGGAAGAUCAUCAAGCGCUACGAGAUCCAGCAGCGUGCCCGCUACAUGUGCAGCUUCUGCGGCAAGGAGAACGUGAAGCGAGUGGCUGGCGGCAUCUGGAAAUGCAAGUCCAAGACUUGCAACAGGACCAUGGCUGGUGGCUGCUGGACCCUGAGCACGGGCCCAGCUGCCACUGUGCGCGCGACCAUCGCGCGCCUGAGGAAGCAGCUGCAGGGUGGUGUUGAGGAUUGA